GCGCAUGCUCAGUGGUGUGGCGUAGGUUAGCUCGGCCGCCGCCGCCGCCGGGUGCUGCAAACGUGUCUCCCGGCGAUUUGAGUGACAGCCCAGCGGGCGUGUACUUUUGGCUCGUUACGCUUUGCAGCGCGCGCGGCGAAUAGCUGAGGCGUCGUGAGGAGGCGGGGCUGAGUGUGAGGGGAGAGGCAGGCCGCAGGCGGGGCUCGAAUUGCCUCACCGGAGCAGCCUAGGUUGCGUCGUGACUGACUGACGGUUGCCUGUCCACUGCCGCCGCCGCCGCCGCCGCCAGAACGAGAGCCGCCCCCUCAGUCUCCGCCGGCGCUCCCGUCAGCCGCUCCCUUUUUGGGGGGUCUGCUCUGCUCCCUCCCCACCCCCCGCUCGCUCCGUGAGGGGGAAAAAGCGAAAGAGGGGGUCGAACCCCCCCGGCUGUGACCUCUCCCCCUUCCCCCCUCCUUCCACCCCUCCUUCCUUCUCUCUCUCCCCGGAGCGGAGCGAGGCAGCCGGGCGGCUCCUUCCUUCUCCGGUUUUCCCGUCCUCGUCGUCCUGAUCAUGUCGGCGGGCGGCGACUUCGGCAACCCGCUGCGGAAAUUCAAGCUGGUCUUCCUCGGGGAGCAGAGCGUGGGGAAGACUUCUUUGAUCACCAGGUUCAUGUAUGACAGCUUUGACAACACCUACCAGGCAACUAUUGGCAUCGACUUCUUAUCAAAAACCAUGUACUUGGAGGAUCGCACAAUCAGGUUGCAGCUGUGGGAUACUGCGGGUCAGGAACGUUUCCGUAGCCUCAUUCCCAGUUACAUCCGUGACUCUGCUGCUGCUGUAGUAGUUUACGAUAUCACAAACGUAAACUCAUUCCAGCAAACCACAAAAUGGAUUGAUGAUGUCAGAACGGAAAGAGGUAGUGAUGUCAUCAUAAUGCUAGUAGGAAACAAAACAGAUCUUGCAGAUAAGAGGCAAGUAUCUAUUGAAGAAGGGGAGAGGAAAGCCAAAGAGCUGAAUGUAAUGUUUAUUGAAACUAGCGCAAAGGCAGGAUACAAUGUAAAACAGCUUUUCCGGCGUGUCGCUGCUGCCUUGCCUGGGAUGGAAAGCACGCAGGACAAAAGCAGAGAAGACAUGAUCGACAUCAAACUUGAAAAGCCUCAAGAGCAGCCAGUCAGUGAAGGGGGCUGUUCGUGCUAAUAGUGUAUGGCUUUUCUCUUACCUUUCUCCAGACCAUCACUGCUUCUUCCCCCUCCCCUCCCCUCCCCUCCCCUGACUCGUUGACAGCAGUGUGACUAUUGGUUUGCCUUCUCCUCACCCCACCCCUAUCAGUGACGUAGCGCGGUUCAUCAUUGCUGCCUGUCUCAUGAAGAUGAUCUGUUAGCUUCACAAGCACAAAAGAAAGUCAGUGUCUUCGUUAUUUAUAAGGAGAUUUUACAAAGAGCCAAAAUGAUCCUAGCAUAUUUCAGUAAUUCUUUAACAACAAAACCAAGCAGAAAGAUGGGUACAAAUUUGGUUGAUUUUUUUCCUUUUUAAAAACAGUAUAAUAUUGCACUUCUAGAAAUAAUGUAAAUGGGAACAGAAACAUUUGGAUUUGGUGAAAAGGGGUUUGCUGAGUAAAUGUUGAUAAGAUUUUGGGCCUGUCUUUCUGCAAAACCAAAACAGCCCUCUUUGCCUUUUCAGUCAAGAUCCUCUGGCCAUUUUCCCAAACAAUAGCCUUUUUGAAAGGCAGGGCUGGCUGUUGCAUGUUAAUUUAUUUCCUUUCCUUUAUGAUACGGACAAGCGGCCUUCUGGCACCUGCUAAUAAGAUGCUUUUUGUAAAGGGGCAAGGUUACAGAUAUUGUCAACUGAGUUUAGAAACUGCUCUUUGUUUUAUAUUGACAUCCCACAGAAUGAAAUGCACCUUUUUGGCUAUUGCAUUAGGGUGGCAUGUCUUCAGAAUGGAGGUGGGAGGAGUCACAGAAGCUUCAAGUAGGUUCUGGCAGUAAAGACAACUUGGCUAAGCUGAAUCAGUCUCCAAACAGAGAGAGCCUGCAAGCUGCCAAGCUUUUAAAGAUAUAUUGUAAAGUGAAUGUGUCAUGAGGAGGGACAGAGCAGAAAAGGCUAUUCCUGAGUUGAAGCUAUGUGGAAAAGCGGUGGGGAGGGCGUUAUUUGUAAAAGUAGAUUUUAAAAGUCCCUGAAAUGAUGAAGGAAGGGAACAAAAGAUGGAAACAAAACAUACGAUUAUGCAGAUUUUUGCCUUUAUUUUCAGCAUUUUUUUUAUGUUGGGUCUUCAGUCUAGUGUACUUGUUAUUUCUGCAUAGAUUGGUUAAAUAAUUGGUUGUUUAGUAUUAAGUUUUAAGUGAACUUCAGUUAACCAUGGUUUCCUUCAGUAUUUAUUUCUCUGCUUUAUUUUUUUUUACUGUGUUCAGGGUUUUUUUUUUUAAGGCAUUUGUUAAUCCAUUUAGAGCUUUGGCAAUGUCACAAGAUGUAGCUAUCGAAGAAACACACUAAGACGUGGACACACAUUCACAUCCUCGCUCUAGAAGUGCACUCUCUUAAUCUGUACUAGUCAUUGUGAAGUUGCUGUGCAAGUUAACACAAAUGUAAAUACAUUGUUUGCAGGAAGAAUAUUUGCAUCUGGGAACUGGGUACAAUACAGGGAAGGCUUCAUGCGUCUCCAUUUUUCUAAGUGAUCGUUUAAAGCGGGUGGGGGAGAAAUGGCUCGCCCUCUCCUUCUUGAAAUCCCCUCUGCUUUAGGGGAAAAGCCCCCUCCCCAAACAUUCCAGCUUAGGAUGUGCACACGCAAAGCCUCUUCUCCUGCAUUGUGGAAUUGGAAUGGCAAAUUCAUCACUUUGACCUGAGUUUCCAGUAACUUUGCAUAUACCAGCAAUGUCAUAUUUUUAAAAGGCAGAAUAAGACACACAAAUGCUUUUAAUGCAAUAUUGAAGAGGUGAUUUUCUUUUCUUUUUGGAAGUAAUGUGUCUGGAAAUAAGCAUUUAAAUAUGGUGACAGAUGGUGCUGUUUUCCUGAAAAGAAACGAAAGGAGACCUGGCUACUUUUCCUGUAUUGUUGUAUUCUACGUGUGCAGAAAAAGAAAAGAAAAAAGUAAAAACAUGAUCCAUCCUGCUGCUUUUAAAUAUUGAGUUUUCUGUGGCUUGGGUUCUUAAAGCAAUGAAAAUGUGUACACGGGUUGGAUUUUUUUAAACAUGCACAGAACUUUUUGCUUCCAAUAAAGUAUCUAAUCAAAACACUAAAAACAAA